CGGCCGCUCGCGCGGGCGGUGGGCGGCAGGGGAACCGUGCCCUGGCAGUGCGCAGCUGUCACCCGUAGGCGGGGGUCAUGCACAACGUCCCUCAGCUGCUGAAUAGCCCCACGUGCCUCUCGGCUGGCUGGCUGAGGCUGGGCGGCACAAGGACGGGGCGCUGGCGGCAGGCUUUGCUCCAGUCCUGGCACACAAAGCAGCGCUGCCCCCUCCCCUGCUCGCUCGUUUGGGUUCGGCUCACGUCCAGCCUGUGCCGCGGGGUGGGGGGGGAAGCGUUGCUGUUCCAGUGAGAAAUGCAUCCAUCUCCCCGCUGCUUGUGCGCAAAACGUGCCCGGUUCCCACGGUGGGAGCGCUGCCCGCCCCCCAAAAAAGCGGGAAGGGAGGGGGGUGCCGCGGCCGGCCGCUCGUUUGAGCAAGGAGGCGGCCGCAGAGACGGUCUCCCGUGGAAAGCCACCCGAGCGCCCGCUUUCCCCGUGGGGCGGGAGAGGGAGCCGCCGCUAGAGGGAGCCGUGCCACAGGGAGAGGGAGGGAGAAGGGAGCGGCGGCUGCCGCAGGAGGAGAAAGACCCCCCAGCGCGGCCUGCCCCCUGCCUCCUCAGCGCUGCGCUGCUGCUGCUGCUGUCAGGAGCGGCGGCCGGAGGAGCCGCAGAGCCCCGCCGCGGUCAGGGCCAGCGCACAGCCCCGCCGCGGAGCAGAGGCGGAGUGGACUGGGGCUGCUGCGGCUGGGUCCCCGUUCUCUCCUCCUCCCGCCCGCCUGCCCCCCACCCAGCCACCCAGCUGUCUCGGUCUGAGUCACGCCUGGCUUGGCUGCCGCUCGCCUUCCCGCUCUCCCGGCUGCUUUUGGUUUCCCUUUUGCUGUCAGUUUCCCCCUGACCGGCGGGGUUUGCGUUCGAACAAAGCCCAAGCCGCGGGGCGGAGCGGAGCGGAGCGGAGCGGGGGAGCAGCUGUGCGCGAAGGAAGCGCGGCGAGGCAGCUGGCGGAGAGGCGUGGAGCUCCCCACCCCUCCCGACCAGCCCCAUCCAACCAGCCGGUAAGAAAGUAAAGAAGCCGGCGAGGGUGACACCGACUCGUCCGGAGGAGAAGAAGCGCGUCCCCGCUCCCGUCUCGCCUCCUUUCCGUCCCCGCUCCUCCCAGCCCCUCUGCUCCGAGGCACCGGCAGGAGCAGCCUGGACUCAUGAUGGCUUCAACCACUACCUGCACCAGAUUCACCGACGAGUACCAGCUCUUCGAGGAGCUUGGGAAGGGGGCGUUCUCAGUGGUGAGAAGAUGUGUGAAAAUUCCUACAGGACAAGAGUAUGCUGCCAAAAUUAUCAACACCAAAAAGCUGUCUGCUCGAGAUCACCAGAAAUUGGAGAGGGAAGCUAGAAUCUGUCGCCUUUUGAAACACCCUAAUAUCGUGCGGCUUCAUGACAGCAUAUCAGAAGAAGGAUUCCAUUACUUAGUCUUUGAUUUAGUCACUGGAGGUGAACUGUUUGAAGAUAUAGUUGCAAGGGAAUAUUACAGUGAAGCAGAUGCCAGUCAUUGCAUUCAGCAGAUCCUGGAGGCUGUGCUACACUGUCAUCAGAUGGGAGUAGUCCAUCGGGACUUGAAGCCUGAGAAUUUACUGUUAGCUAGCAAAUCCAAGGGAGCAGCUGUAAAAUUGGCAGACUUCGGAUUGGCUAUAGAAGUUCAAGGAGAGCAACAGGCUUGGUUUGGUUUUGCUGGUACACCAGGAUAUCUUUCGCCAGAGGUGUUACGAAAAGAUCCCUAUGGGAAGCCAGUGGACAUGUGGGCAUGUGGUGUCAUUCUCUAUAUUCUCCUUGUGGGAUACCCUCCUUUCUGGGAUGAAGACCAGCACAGACUCUAUCAGCAGAUCAAGGCUGGUGCUUAUGACUUUCCCUCACCAGAGUGGGAUACAGUGACUCCUGAAGCCAAAGACCUCAUCAAUAAAAUGCUUACCAUCAACCCUGCCAAACGUAUCACAGCAUCAGAGGCACUGAAGCAUCCGUGGAUAUGUCAACGUUCUACCGUGGCCUCUAUGAUGCACAGGCAGGAGACUGUAGAUUGCUUGAAGAAAUUCAAUGCAAGAAGAAAACUAAAGGGGGCCAUUUUGACAACUAUGCUGGCUACCAGAAAUUUCUCAGCAGCAAAAAGUUUACUAAAAAAACCUGAUGGAGUCAAGAAAAGGAAGUCCAGUUCGAGUGUUCAAAUGAUGAUAAACAACAAAACCAACGUGGUAACCAGCCCCAAAGAAAAUAUUCCUACCCCGGCGCUGGAGCCCCAAACUACAGUAAUCCACAACCCUGAUGGAAAUAAGGAGUCAACAGAAAGUUCCAAUACGACUAUUGAAGAUGAAGAUGUGAAAGCUCGUAAGCAGGAGAUUAUCAAGGUUACUGAGCAGCUGAUUGAAGCUAUCAACAAUGGGGACUUUGAAGCUUACACAAAGAUCUGUGAUCCAGGCCUUACAUCUUUUGAACCUGAAGCUUUGGGGAAUCUGGUGGAAGGGAUGGACUUUCACAGGUUCUACUUUGAAAAUGCUUUGUCCAAGGGUAAUAAGCCAAUCCACACCAUUAUCCUCAAUCCCCAUGUCCAUCUUGUGGGCGAUGAUGCUGCCUGCAUUGCAUACAUACGGCUGACGCAGUACAUGGACGGAAGUGGAAUGCCAAAAACUAUGCAGUCCGAGGAGACCCGGGUCUGGCACCGCCGUGAUGGCAAAUGGCAGAAUGUUCAUUUUCACUGUUCAGGGUCACCAACAGUACCAAUCAAAUCCCACAGCCUGUAAAAACAGGAUGCUGUAUUGAUUACCAUGAGUCUAACACUGCAGAUCUUGACAGGAGAGAAAAGGCAUCUUGAAGCACAAAUGGAGAAGAAGGAAGUGUCAGUACCAAGGCAUAACUGAAUCUGAAAUGCAGAGACCUUAAACACACAAGUUUUAUAGAAUCAUAGCUUCCUAUUAUUAAUAAGUCAUCAUUUCCUACUGGAAAGUGCAAAGAUGUGACUGAAGGGAAGGCAUACGUUUGUAUUCUCCACUCAGCCCCAAUUCUGCCCCCCAAACUCCUCAAAUAAAGUUAAGGUUCACAAAAUUAACAUUUACUCCAGGUAACGCCUAACUUGUGUAUUUCUCACACAUUUCUAAAAGGAAGCAAAUAGAACUAAAUGUUCUGGCAACUAGCAGUUACUUCACAACUUUCAAACACCUACUCUACUUAAACGGUCACACCACUCAAAGUGUACCACACAUUCAAUAUUAACUUUGCGCCUAUUGUGUCAGAAGUUAGUGUUUUUAGUAGUUGUGUCCAUUGGUGGAUGUGGCAAUAGUGGUGUUUUAAUAGUCUUUUAAGCUUAUUGAAUUCAGAGGAUGAUAAUGUGGAUGUUUUAGGUAGCUAUUUUUCUGUUAAGUCUUGGUAUUUGGGCAGAGGUGCAGUAUUUUGUGAUUAUGAUUGUUUUUCUGGUAUUGGUUUAGUGUGAAUUGUUGGCAAUUUUAGAUGUUUUUGUAUACUUACAUUAGUAGAUGUAUUUGGGCAAAGCUGAGGUUGCCUGUUUGGUGCAAUUUGAUUGGUGUAAAAGUUAAUUUCGGGUAGGUGUUUGAAAGCCGUGAGCUUUUAAUUUGUAGCUCAACAGGGAUGCAGGACCCACCUGGCUACCUCAAUUCUUACUUUCAUUCCUAAUUCCAAAAUCUUGGAUGAAGAUGACCAGGCAGAAUAAAGAUAUCUCCAGAGACUUUCAAGAGGGUAGCAUUUCUGCAGCUUUAGGGGAUCCCUUAAACCUUAUUGAGCUUUUCAAAGUAUAAUAAUUGUGGAAAAUUUCUACUUCUGCCACUUAAGUGUUGAACAAUAAUCUGUAUUAAAGGAUUUACACUAGUAGUUAAUUCUGUUCUGUAUUAAGAUGUUUUUGCUAAAAUCACCACUUUAUGAUGUGUGAAAUGAAUUAAGUAGGUCUGAUUAUACUUAUUUGAUAAAAGUUGGACUACUCCAUAUUAAAUGCAUAGAUUGAACCUUGAUUGUCAUAUCACAUUGCUUUGCUUUCUGUAACUCCUUAUAUAUGAAUG